AAAAAGGAACAUUUCCUGAAAAAUAGUACUAUAUAUAUGGCUAAAAACCCCGAGAAUGUUGUACUUUCAGUGAAGACUUUAACAGGCAACACAUAAACUGCAGACAUGGCUUCAGCUCCCAUGGAAGUGGCAGCCUUAGGAAGACCUCUGUUUCCUGGUAUGCUUUAUGACUGCCGCAAGGAUUCCUUCAUUCCAGGUGUUACUCUGUGGGAUAAGAAUUCACUAAGUGAAGAUCUGGACUCCCGUCCCCAGCUCCAGACAGAUUUGAAGCUCAGUAGCUCUGACUCGCUCUCUAGUAAGUCCAGUCUUAUGGAUAUAAGCGCUUCUUUGAAGACCAGCUUCUUGGGGGGGCUGGUGGAGGUGGGAGGAUCUGCCAAGUAUCUGCAUGACACCAAAUCCUCAAACCAGCAGUCUAGAGUGACAAUGUAUUACAGUGAAACAUCCAGAUUUGAGCAGCUCACUAUGACCCAGCUGGACAAGGUCACCUACCCUCAAGUGUUUGACCAGCAAACUGCAACUCAUGUGGUUACAGCUGUACUUUACGGAGCUCGGGCCUUCAUGGUGUUUGAUCGGACAUUUUCAGAAAAUGAGAACAAGGAGAAUAUUGAAGGAGAACUGAAUGUAAUGGUCAAGAAGAUCGCUGCAUUUUCAAUUGAAGGAAAGGGAGCUGUACAAAUGACAGCUAACGAAAAGGAGGUCGCUGAAAAUAUCAGUUGCACAUUUCAUGGUGACUUCCAUCUCAAACAAAAUCCCACCACAUACAUGGAGGCCCUGGAUUUGUACAAGAAGCUCCCCACUCUUAUGAAGGACAGUGCAGUUCCAGUAAAGGUCUGGCUUUAUCCUCUUCACCUACUGGAUAAUAAAGCAGCUCAGCUAGAAAGAGAAAUCAGCUCAGGUCUGGUUUCCAACACUCAAGAUAUAAUAGAGGGGCUGGAGGAGGCAGAGAGGACAUAUAAUGAUCUGUCCAGAAAUACACUUGUGAAUGUUUUUCGUGACAUUAAAGAGAGACUCAACUCAUUUCAGGAAUCAUUUAACAUUUACAGGUCGGUGCUCCGGAAAGAAUUGUCCAUGGUCUUGCCUGUUAUUCGAGGAGGAGGAAUGGAGGAGAAGUCACUGGCUGAAAUGUUAAAGAUUCACUAUGACUCCCCUUUUGUUGCUAGCAAGAUUAACCAGUGGUUAGAUGAUGUGAAGUCUGAACUUCACCUCUUGAGCUCAUACAUCAAGAUGCUGGAGGGGAUCAAAAUUCAAGAUUCAGACAGUCUCAAGGCCAUCCUCCUUAAUCCUGAUGUUGAUUCUGUGGUGUGCUUGACUUUCACAUCUCUGAAGUUUGAAGACCCGUAUCUUGAAUGCCUGACAGAGUUUCUGAAAAUAGAAAGGUUUAAGAAUUUAGAUGAGGAAACAAACAUGGUUCCAGUGCCUGCUGUCAAAAAGUGGUUCAGUGAUCUUGAUGUCAUAAUAAAUAUGAGAAAUAACUUACUCCAGUUCAGAAGUUUUUCAGAGGCCAAUAAAGAUCAAAAAAGGAUCUGCUUCAUCAUUUCUGCCAUCUCUGAUCCCUCAAAAAAAGGCUCCUCCAUCUAUCUGUAUGAAAAAGGGAAGCUGACAAACACACAGUUCCAGCCCAAUUCCAAACCAAUCCAGCCAAUAAUAAAGAUACUCCCAGAUGAAACUGUGUCCAUCAAAAUGCAGAAACCUCCAAAUGGGGGAACAGUGCAGUACAGAGUGGAGUACAAGCAGAUAGAAAAUUAUUUUGGAGCUGACCAACAGUGGCAUGUCAUUAACACUGAUAAUGAGGAGCUUAUUCUGACUGGAUUGAAAUCUGGAAAAAUGUACUGGAUCCGCUACAGGAUAGUGAGUACAGUAGGAGUGAGUGAAAACAGUGAGACCGUCUCCUUUUCACCAAGUUCGGUGCGUCCUCAGCUUGUGGGUGGGACAGGAGGUUCUGAAUUCUCCUUUGUAACUUCCGCCAUCAGCACCUUCAAAAAGAUCACAGUUACUUAUGGCCAGGAUGGAAAUACUUACCCCAUGAAGUCAAUCCAAAUACUUUUCAGCAAUGGUCAUGUAAUGGUCACUGGUAAGAGUAUAGGGGAUCACAAAAAGGAACUUCUUUUUGAUGACAAUGAUAAAAUAAUCGCUGCAACACUGUGGUCAGAUAAAAAUAUAAACAGACUCAGUGGAAUGGAAUUUGUAGUUGUCAAUGCUGGUGUCAGAAAAACCUUGUCUGUCAUGUGUACGAAUCAGGGUUACCCAGUGAGGCUUGAUGUGAAGUCUGGAAAGUGUUACGGCAUUAUAGCAAAACAUGGAUCUGACAUUGAUUCUUUGGGUUUCUUCUUCAUUUAGAUGCCAGUGACUUAAAAGUAUCACAUCAAUGAGUCUAAACCGUGAUUUUUAGGUUUUCCGUGACUAUGUAUUUUGCAUUUUGUUCUGUUUUAUUUAUUGUUUUCACAAGUCUUUGUUACCUCUCGGUUUUGUGCAAAAUACCUUUAUGUCCAUUGACAAUAUAAAGCUUAACUUGAUUUUUCUUUUGGUGAAGAUUCUAUAUCAUCAUAUGAUCUUUUUAUUUAAUUGGUAAGCUGUUGUUCUUUUUUGAUGUUUAAAGUAACAAUAAUUAUUAUAUAAAUCAAAACAGUUGUAUUUUCUUGUCAUUAGCUUUUCCUUUUAAUGUUUUAGACAGCCCUUAAACAAAAUAUUCAUAUCAGGAAUUCCAUAUUAUGCAUUUUAAAUGUAAUAUUAUAAUUAAAGUUACUUAAUAUAAAAAAUUUUCCCUGCUUUCACCUUCCUCAACCACACCCAAAGCGCGACAACUACAAAACAAUAAAAAACGAGACAAGAGAAGGCUCUGUGACCCAUAGUUUUUAAUUUGAAGCAAGGCUGAUGGAGAAGAAGAGAAUCAGCAGAGUGGGGAGGACGAGAAGGCAAAUAAGGAUUAACUAAAUCACAGACAUAAAGAGAAAAUUCAUGCACAGCUUUAUAAGUUAAAACAAGUGCUUUAAACCCAAUGCGCGACUGAACUGGAAGCCAGUGCAAGUUACACAGGACACCACUAAUGUGCUGCCUUGAGGGACUGUGAGUGAGAACACGUGCUUCUGAGUUCUGACUAUACUGUAGCUAUACUGUAGACCAACACAUAGAGAAUCUUCAAUUCUUACAGUGAUAAAAGCAUGGAUCAGCCUUUCAGUAGCACAGAAUGGAAAGUCCUAAUCCUAGCAAUAUUACUGAAACGAUAAAAUGCUGAUUUAGUAACACUCCUAAUAUGUGCCUCCAGUGUCAAAUUAACAUCAAAUAUAACGCCAAGGUUACAAGCUUGUGAAGAUGGCAGUACACAGCUUCAGUGUCAAAUUAAAGCUGCUACAUUCAUGAAUGGCUGCUGGCGUACCAAUAAGUAAAACCUCAGUCUUAGAGCUAUUUAGUUUUAAAAAGUUGUGAAACGUCCAUACUCUUAUGUCCUGCAAACAUUUAGAAAAGAUUUCAGAACUAACUGUAACAUGAGAUUUGUACUGAUGUAUAUUUGUGUCUUCAACAUAAAAAUGAUACCCAAGA